AUGUUUGUCAAUAUGCAAGCUUUUAUGAAGCAAAUCGUGAAUUGCUAGAAACAGGUAUCUGUUUUUCAAUUUUUUAAAAAGGUUUGUAAAUAUAAAUUUAUGCAUCUGACAUCUAAUAAGGUUAGAAAAAAAUGGCAAUACUUGGAGCCCCUGCAAAUCACUUUAAGGAGUCAAAUCAUGCCUCGUAAUGAGGUGGUUAAUUUUUAUCAUUGAUUAGAAGGUACACCUAAAUGUUUUUUAAUUUUUUUUUUUUUUUUUAAUUAGGAGCACAAGUGCUCAUUCUCCUUUUUAUUAAACACAAGGGAUUAUUAAUGAUACAUUAUUACAUGCAGAUUCCUACACAAUCUAUUAUUUGGCAAGAAUUACACGGGUAAUUAUCUCGAAGCAGAGAUUCUGUUGAAUGUGUCUGUCUCGAUACCCAAGAAAACAUAUGGUUUAGAGAAACAUGCAAUAAUGUUAUUAUAGAUUAUAAAGGUUUUUAUAGUUAAAUACAUCUGAAAACGCAUCUUUCAGGGUCCCCUAAGUGAAUUUUGGCCAUUUCCACCAUGUAAAUAUCCAAUUCGACAGUAUUUAAAUACAGCAUUUGCCUCGAAAGUCUGAUUACAGGUCAGAACCACUGAUUUAAAAAAAUUAGUGGAUUGCUCAUAGAAUUCUAAGUGGUCAUCUAUGCAGAAAAGCCACCGGAAGUGUUCGAGCAGCCAAGAUGCUAUUCCCUACAGACAGAGGGCUUACUGUAUUCAAGAGUCAAUGACUGACACUGCCAAAACCUUGACCUAAAAUCACCUGUUAAUUAGUAGCACAGGAUUAGUUUUUAGGAUGUGUAUAUGUAAUUGAAUUGUUACGUCAGAUGUUAAUUGUAAUGUUUAUGGGUAUUUCGGGCAGGAUAAUCGUUAAGGUGGGGGUGUCUGCCAUCUGCUGCACACUGACACAGGAAGAAAUGUUGGCUGCUUUCCGAGGAGUUCAAAGGAUUUUGCUUAUAUUCAGUUUAGUACUGAACUGCACUAUAGGUGCUGACACUGGCUGCGAUGACUGGACUCUUAAUGGAAAUGAUGUCUGCUGCGAGAGAUGCAAGCCAGGGAACCGCUUGGUGGAAAGUUGUGGAAGAAACCCGGAAAAUCUCUGUACCCCCUGUGAAUCUGACACUUACAUAACCAGUCAUGGAUUGUACUGUUUGAGAUGUACCCAGUGCAUAGGUAAUCAGUUUACGCUUAAACAUUGCACUAUCAGCAGCGAUACUGUAUGUGGAUGCAAGGCUGGAUAUCUGUGUGGAAACGACAAAUGUUCUUUCUGUGUUACCGAAUGCAAGGAGGGGGAGGAGCCAACCAAAGAGCGAUAUUGUAGAAAAUGUCCAGAGGGAAAAUUCAAUGAUAAAAUCCACAGUAUGUGCAAAGAAUGGAGAAAAAGUUGUCCUGAUGGACAGACUUUGGUAAAAGGAUGUUACCAGCGACAGUAUGUGCACAUAUUUAAAAGCAACAUACUGCUGCAUAAUCUAAUGUUUUUGUCUACAAUUUUUGUUACAGAACCUAAAAAAGAACCCAUACCUGUUUUGACAGAUAAAAAAGAACCGAGAAAAUGGCUUCCAGUUUUCAUUGCUGCAGGGAUGGCAGGGUUUGCUGUCCUUUGUAUCAUAGUAUCAGUGGUUGCAUAUCUAAAGGCACAAAACAAAACAGAGAAGCCAAAAACCGAUACCCCUGACCAAGACCACUCAGAUGAGUCCAGGAUAAUGGUUGUUGAGCAAGAAGACUGUAGUUUCCGUCAACCUGAGCAGGAACAGUGUGGCAGCUCAGAGUCCAUCAAUACGCAAGACUCAGAGUCUAAACUCAUAGUGUGAGUUCACUAGACAGCCUUAAUUUUCUUACCUGACUCAAGCAUUGCUUCAAGAACGAGAGAGCACAACCACUAAACAUCUACUAAACUGUGAAAAACAUACUUGACUGAGUGUCUGUCAGCUAUUCCAGUUGGUGUAUCAGUGAUAGAUGUGAACAAAAUGGGUAGUUUCACGUCAGAGUUUUUAACUUCUGAAGUAUAGUGCACCUUAAUAACACAGUGAUGAGAGGUUGUUAACGUAGGUGUGCAGUAGUAGACAAUAUGUCAACACUUUUAUGAGAGUAGGCGUCAUCUACUGGCGCUUGCGUCACAUUUUCAGGUCAAAGCUCUCUUGAAAUACCCUGGUGGGCU